GUCUUGAACGCAACAUUGACCUUAUACGUAACGGUUGAAACCCGCCUUAAAACUUGAAGAAGAAGAAGAACUCGACACAAACUACGUUGAAAAGCGCCUCGUGAAUGUAACGUUAGCCCUCUGACGAGUAGCUAGCUAACGUUAAGUGAAAUUACAUGUUGUUGGCCUAGCUAGUAGCCUCGACAGCCUGAUGUGUUUACGCUAGCAGCUGUACUGUUUCUUUAUUGCUUAAAAACAUCUCAUAACUAACAGAACUUCAAAAUGGCCGUGUACGACGUCCAGUUCCUGAGUAUUCUCAGGGGGAAACGCGUCAAACUGACCCUGAAGACUUCAUCGUACCUUGGCGUCGUCCAACGUAUCAAUCGCAACAAAACGCUGAUUUUGGCGGACGUUGUUAGUGGCAGUAACGGCUCUAAAGUUCCCGGUUCUAAAAUAUUCUUCGGUCAUGAGAUCGUAAAUGUGGAAUUUACCAUUGAAGCAAACACUGGCAGUAGAAAUAUUCACGACCACAGACUUGAAGAGCAUUUGAAUGUGGAAAGGUUUCAGCCAUACAGGAAGACAAUCGCAUUGGAUGGUGAUGAAGAUGAAGAAGACUUUGUCAACUUUGUAGUCAUCGAUGAGUUUCAUGAGAAGUUCUGGCCUGCUGUGAUGCACAUCAAGAAGCAGCAUGUGAUAGGUGUGGGAGCUGAUGGAGUCGAGGUAUUUAAGCAUGGGAGACUGUGUUGGAUGCAGAUUGCUACUAAAAACAAGGUUUACCUGUUUGAUAUCCUGUUACUUGGAGCUGGGGCCUUUAAGAACGGUCUCGCCAUGAUCCUGGAGAAUAAGCACAUACUGAAGGUCAUUCAUGACUGCAGAGCCAUAGCUGGAUGUCUGAAUGCUCAGUAUGGAAUAAAGCUUACCAACGUCUUUGAUACGCAGGUAGCAGAUGUCAUGUGCUUCUACUCUGAGACAGGAGGUGUACUGCCCGACAGAGUCAGUACUCUGCAGGAGGUGGUUAGUCUCCAUCUGAAGGUGCCCUCCUCUCAACUCCUAUCCCUUCAGAUGAAGUCAAUGCUCACCAAGGAAGAAAAGGAGUUGUGGUACACACGUCCCUGUCCUGUACCCCUGCUGAAGGUGAUGGCUCUGUCAGGGAUCCACCUUCAGCCUCUCAGACUGGUGCUACUGGAUACUCUUAUGAUGGACUACAUGGCCCUGGUGGACUCGUACCUCAACAGCAGCUUCUAUGAACCUGAUGAAUUACAGCACGUCAGCAUGGAGAGUGUGUUAGAGUUGCCCAGUGAGCUCAGGCAGCUGCAGAAAAUGCGUUGUGAGCGGCAGGAGUGGGCUGCCGACCGCUACCCUGUCACAGAACACGGUCUGCUGGAUCGCUUCCACCUCCGGACUCAGUCUCCCUCCCAGACUUUGCCUGCAGCAGAGGAGCACAGCCAUCAACACGCGACUGUGGAAUCACCCUCACAAGUGGACCCUCUCCCUCCCAAGUCACCUACGAGCCCUCCAAGAGCCAACAAUGUGUUGCCCGUGGAUGUCCUUGCCUCCCCUAACUCAGCAGAUCAGCCUCCAGUCCCAGCCAAUGCAUCAGACCUCGGGAAACAACUGUCUGUUAACAGUCCCCUGUCUCCAGGUGCAUGCAGGGGGCGCACAGAGGUACCGAUGGACACAACCGGUAGAGGAAGGCCCUUUGGGAAAGAGCAAUCUUCUAUCCCGGCCCUACGUGCCUUCGGAAGAGGCUUCCUUCUCCAAAUACCACAAGAGCAGAGCCCCAGAGAGAGCAUGGGGGACGUAAUGCCUCCCGGGAGGAUGGGGACGGCUCCUUCUGGCCACAGCCAUGCACCUGCAAAAGAAGUGAUGCCCCAGCCUGGCCCCAGUGCUAAUGACCUGCCGACAGGAGACCAUUUUACAUCAACACCUAAGUCCAUCUCAUCUUCACUCCUUCAGUCUUUUAGGUCUUUCAGAUAUUAAAGGAAGUGUUACACAGCCAUUUGGUGUUUAGCACCAAAACUGUCCAGUAGAUGGCAGUAAAUAUUCUGUUUUGUGCAGAGGUUUGUUUAAUACCAGGCGGUGAUUAAUGUUUGGACGUUGCAUGCCAGUUCACUCAAAUAUAUUUGUAUUGUUUGUGACAAAACAUGUCUCUGUCUCUCCUUUUAUUUCAGUUGUAUUUCAUCUGCGUUUUGCCUCUAAAUCCUUCUCAAUUUAGUUUUUACCGAGUGAUAAUUGUUUUUUUAACUCAAAAUGUAACACAACACCA